AUGGAUCCAAGAGAUAACUACUCCGCGAUUGCCGAAGCGAAUAAGCAGCGAAGAAAGUUGCAGAACCGGAAGAACCAGAGAGCCCGUCGACAACGAAUUAAGGGUAAAGACUUUGAGAUAGAUCAGGUGUUGAGUUCGUUUGAGGUUAGGCGCUGGCGGGUCGAUGAGGUUGAUGAUGACUCUUCCCAAGACAAAGACAUAGACACAACUGCCGUGUCAACAAACGAUGAUGCGUCUCAUACACUUCCUUGCACUACCCAGAGUGCCGUUGCUUUUCAACCACCACCCACAGAUCAUACCGAUCAAAUCCUGACCAUAAACUCAGCCUUCCAGCCCAUCAACAUCGCCUUCCCUCUCCCCUCAGACCAACUCCUCCACCUCAUCCAAUUCAACGUUUACCGCGCCUUCAUCUCCAUCAAACGCACCAUAAACACAAUAUCACUAGACCCAACAACCUGUCCCGUGUUUGGUCCUUGCCUAGACGACACAACCCGCUACCCCCCAAACCCCAAUAUUCCCUCUUCUCUCGCACCUACGGCACUGCAGCUAUCUCAAUACCAUUUUCCUUGGAUCAACAUCAUGCCGUUUGCCCGUUUCCGCGAUAAUCUUAUACGACGCGAAGGCCGGUUUGACAAUUUUGAAUUGUGGCGGGAUAUGGUUGGCGAUCUUAUGAGCUAUACUGCUGCGCCUUGGCAGCGAGGAACGCCUUUUAGCUUCUCUGCCUCCACCACGGAGCCCGAAGAAUCACGGGGUUCGAUGUUGGAGGAUUACAUAGAUACAGAUGAACUCACAUCUGGGCGCAACGGCCUGAUCAUUUGGGGUGAACCGCACGACAUGCAGAGUUGGGAGGCUACACCUGGUUUUCUGACAAAGUGGUCAUGGGCCGUUGAGGGCUGUGAAGAGCUCGUAGACAUUAGUAAUCGCUGGAGGACAAGAAGAGGGGCAGAGCCGAUGCGUCUGUCGACGCGGCAUUCAGGACGACUGGUUGAGAAUGGCAGUCUGUCCUAGUAGUCAAGUGUAAAAUAUAAACGUUUUAACGGAG